CCCAAGGCCAGAUGCCGCCAGCAGCAGGUCCCACACGGCUGGCGGCCGUGCCCCGGCCUGGGUCCCCGUGCUACGGAGCCUACGUGUGGUGGCGCUUACCACGCGCCUCUGCCCGCUGGAAGGUCCUGCUGUGGUGGUGGGGAGAGCCCCCCUGGCCUCCCUGGGGGGCCGGGGGGAGCGCAGGAAAGCCCCCCGGCAGUGGUGUCACCAAAUCCUCCUCCCAAGAAGGGGGCCUCUUUCUGAGGGACUCCCCGGGAGGGCACGCUGCCCGCUCUCUGAGCCUCAGCCCCUUGUCUUGCUUUCUGGGCGCCGGUCCCUUCGGGCAGGGAGCCUGGGACAGGAGCCCGCCCGUCGUGAGCGGAGCGGCCUCCGUCAGGGCCUGGCGUGAGCGGAGCGGCCUCCGUCAAGGCGCAGAGGAGAAGCCCCGCGCGCGCAGCGUGGUCCCUGCCUCUACCCCGUGGGUGACGCCUCAGGGGGCUGCCUGCGACCAAGCUGGGCUUCCGGCCUGGCUGGUGCCAGGGGCAAAGCAGGGAAGGACCUGGAAGACCUCGGCUCGAUGGCAGAAAAGGCAACUGAUACGUGAGCCGAGAAGGCCAGUCCCCCAAGUAGCCGCCUUCCUGUGCAAGCCUGACCUGAGCCGCUGCCCCUCAAGGACACGUGGCCCACACCCCCCCGGUGUCUGGGUUUCAGAUCAGAGUCCGCGUCCUCAGGAUCAUCAGGGUCAGAGGACAGCAGUUAUCUGACUGUCCAACCGUCCAGCCACAUCCCAUAAACAGUGACCUGCGAAAUGUCCUCUAGGAGAUCUGCCCAGUCCGGGGGGAGCCCGACAGGAACGCCUGCCCGGCCUGCUCGGGGAAGGACAGAGAGCCCAGAGUCCUGCCCGCUCACCUCGGCGGACUCUGGCCCAGGGAAGGAAAGGGUCAGGCUUCCGGUCAGGAGGGCACGGGAAUAAACCGCUGGUUCGCAGACUCGCCCGCUCACAGCCGGCCUUCCUGUCUGGGGGCCUCGUGCCCAGUGAGCCUCCCUCGUGAGAUGCGGACGCCGCCUGCGCUGGGACAGGGGUCAAGCCUCGCCCCCCAGCCCGACCUGCUUCGCGAACGUUGGUGACAUCGCCCCUGGUCACCACGCCUCCUACUCCCCCAGCGGCCGUAUGGGGACACGCAUGUGUGUGCUCUCCCUGUGGGUCCCAUGGGGCCUCGGGGCGGGAGGUCAUCCCAGGGACGCCUUAAAGUGGCCACGUGCACACACGGCCCAC